AUGAAGACUCUAUUUCUGUUGGCACUGCUUGGCUUUGUACUGGCCUUCAGUUUGGCUAUUCCAUUCAACGGAGAUACUUCUGAAGCAUAUAAUGCGGAAAUCAACGAUCUUGCGAGGGACGUCCAACCGGACGAAAAAGAAGGGUGCGAAACAGACGUAGCUUGUUAUAUGUUACUGAUAUAUUUUCAAAGAAAGUUAUGACAGUUCUGUAAUAGGUCGAAAUGUUCUCAUGUUCAAUUGCAUUAUUUGUAUGUUUCCUUUUUUUGUUGCUCUACAAACAGUCCACGGCUGUAGGUCUUUAGCUAGUGAUUACAUUGAGUUAAAAUUGUUGAGACUCUAACAUAGGAUACAAACAAACAAAAAGGCUUUGUCAAAACAAUUUUUUUCUGAACGUUUUUCAUCCAGAAAGUUACUAGUUAGGGCAGUUUUCUGUUCAUGGACUAUCUUAUAGUGUAUAGUGCAUAUGUAUUUUGUUAAAUCUCCAGCAAAAACAAGGAUAAUUCGGUAUUGUAACAUAAAUGAUAUAUAUAAAAACUUCUUUGACUUGAUCUCCAACGAAGCACAUACAUAAUGAUUUUGGCUGUAGGUGCCUAUGUUGGUCUGCCAAGUUCACUACGCAGCCUUGUUUAAUUGUCGGUAAAUCACAAUAAUUAUAGCUUUUGCCCGAUAGCAAAACCAAAAGGUAUAGGUUUACAGCUUGAUUAUUUGGAUGAAUGAAUACAGUUUGCGACAAGCAAUGGAAAAAACUUUCCAAUUAAUACAAAAAUGAAAUAUCAUGCCAAAUAUUGAAUAUGGAAUAUCAAUUUCAUUUGCCUAAAUACAGGAACAAAAAUUUGAACCAGCGAAAUGAAAACGAAGAAGACGAAGAAGACGAUGACGAAAACGUUUAUGCUGUACGGCAAGUAGACGAUGAUGACGAAGAAGGGGAGAACGAAUAUGAGAAUGAAAACGCUUUGAUCAAUCCAGGAAAUGAAGCUGAAGAUCCUAUCUGGCCUCUUCUCAUUGGUCGCGCAGUAUUUCGACGUUUCCGCCGCCGACGUAGAGGGCGGCGCGGAGGUUGGCGCCGCCGACGCGGAGGCCGUCGCGGGGGU